CCUCAAACAAACAAGUUCAGCUUGUCCAAGAUUUCAAAAGCCAGAGUUCAACAAAUAAGCCGAGAGAGAGAGAGAGAGAGAGAGAGAGAGAGAGAGAGAGAGAGAGAGAGAGAGAGAGGCAGCUGGGCUUGGCUUUUGUCCUGCAGCAGCAGCACACAUGAAAUUUGUGGCCUAUCUAACUUCUCGUGAACCAGCAAACGAGUCCCAACCACAUUCCCUUUCACUCUCUACCAGCAUAGGGGAAUUAUACACCAAUUCUCCCUAAUCAAUGUUUGUUACUGUACUACCAUCUCAACAGACAUAGAAUAUUAUCAUACGUCUCCCAUUUCGGACAGACGUCCCUUGCCAUAUACACACGUUGGUGCGAGACUAGCAAUCGAAUGGUCGGUUCAUAUACGUUCUGAAUGUCCAUAAAGCAAGAGACUAGUACAUCUUAGCCGCCGCGAAUUGUCAUAUUUUCCAUCCAUCCAACCAUAUAAUUUUUUCACCUUGUGGAGGGAAGUAGGAAAUCAUUAUUGGCCUCACUUGCAGCUGCUGGUAUUUGUAGAUGACUGGUUUUUUCACAUGAAUCACAUCAAUAGCAUUCCCUACGCAGAAACCACUAUAUAAACCCUCCAAAGUUAGGACUCCAAACUCUCACCUGCAAUCCCAGAAACCAGGCGCCAAACCCAUGAGCUCCCCAAAACACCUAAUCCUCCACCAUAUAUAACAAACCCUUGAUCAUUCUACCUCCAUAAUGGCUGCAAAAAUGUCCUCCAGGCUAAUCACUUCACUCUUCUCCUUCCUUACCCUCACAUUCACUACCCUCAGUCAUACAUCAGAAGCCAGGCAUUUCCCCCAAAAACCCACAAAGGCAGUAGUCGUCGGCACUGUCUACUGUGACACUUGCUUCAACAACCGCUUCUCAAAGCCCACUCAUUUCAUCUCAGGCGCAUCAGUUGUAGUCGAAUGCAGAGACGGGAGGUUCAGAAGACAAGUGAAGACGAACCAGCUGGGAGAAUUCAGCGUCGAGCUUCCAUUCACUGUAAACAGAGAGGUGAAGAAAAUCAAGAGAUGUUCAGUGAAGCUACUGACCAGCAGCGACCCUUACUGCGCCGUGGCAUCCACCGCCACGUCAUCAUCACUCCACCUGAAGUCGAGGAACAGCAAGCUAGGGUCUCAUUCUCAUAUCUACUCCGCCGGUUACUUCACUUUCAAGCCAUCCCACCAGCCAACACUCUGUUCCCAGAAUCCGACCACCACCGCAGCCGCAGGGAGCAACGAACAAAAGGACUUAUCUGGGUUCCCGUUGCUGCCGUCUCCAGGCGGCGGCGGCAACGACGAUGACGAACCCACGCUUCCACCGCCGGUGAAUACAAACCCUAACGGCGGAGUACCUCCGCCGGAGAUGAAUCAGAACCGGCUCCCGCCGCUUCCCCUGCUCCCGCGGCUGCCUUCCCUGCCGCCGCUACCUCCGCUCCCCACGCUGCCACGGCUGCCGUACCUUCCGCCGUGGCCGGGGAAGAGCUUCAACAAGCACGAGAAGCCUUCUCUGAGGCAGGGAGAAGGGGAAAGGGAAGGGGAUGAAUUGUCGGAUCAGAAAUCGGGGCGUCCUGGUCAGCCACAAGGGUUUUUGUUUCCCCCAAUUUUGCCGCCAAAUCCGCUGCAGCCGCCGUCGCUUCCUCUGCCGCCGAACCCGUUGGAGCCGCCGUCAUUGGUGCCGCCGAUUCUUCCUCCGAACCCACUUCAGCCUCCGCCGGCGCCGUUCCUUCCCAUUCCUCCGAUCCCAGGGCUAACCCCUUCGCCGCCGCCGGUCUUGCCGUUCCCUUUCCCGCCUCCUGGGUUUCCUGUAAUCCCUCCUGCAGCUGAUGCCGCUCAGAAAUCCAAGUCGAGAUCUCCCUCCACCAUUGAUCCUUGAAUUAGCUGUGUAAAGUUCAUCCUGUUUUCGUAGUAAGCAUUAUUCGUAUUAUGCAUUUAGUUCUGUAAGCUAUAAAUAAACAUGUGUUUGUGAUCAGUUGUCACUUGUUAAUGUCAUAUCGGCAGGUUUCAAAUAAAUUGGUAUGAUUUGAAGUUGUGCUACAGAAUGUAUUUUUUUGUUCCAAAGUAGAGAUUCUGCAACGAAAAACUCUCAUUUUGAAGGAUAUAUACAAUGUAUUUAACUACAUGUGAUUCGUAACAUUAUAAAAAGGUGGAUCGAUACUAAAUAAUACAUGUACUUGACAAACCAACCCUCUAAACUUAUAAUAAGUCAUUGCAUCUGUU